AUGUCGCGCAGGUCGGACUAUCAUACUGCGCAAGAUACCAAACUCUUGGACAUUGGAGCAUGUCACAAAGAUGAUCGAGGCACUAUUGUUCCAAGACGGGGGGCGUUCUCGUUUGCAUCGGCAAGACGCGUCUUGUUCGUUGCCAUUGCAGUCACAACAAUUGCUUUGACAGCACUCUCAUACCAGAAAAGCAUAUCCGGCCAGCUACUCUAUGUCCAACCCUGGACGUCUCAUCCUCCCUUCACCCAACCACUUCUUGAAGAAAACUUCACGUUGCCGGCGCUGGAGGCCAUCCUGCUUUCCGAGCCCGAUGCGUCCCACGCCGCAGAUUGGGCCUACUACUACACCUCUGAGAGCCACUUUGCUGGAGAGGGCAAAGCACAAGGUCUCUGGACCCAGAAGAAAUGGGGAGAGUUUGGCAUACCAGAGACCGAGAUCGUCAGGUACAAUGCAUCCAUCAGCGAGCCCGUAUUCCAACGGCUGGCAUUGAUAGACACGUCGGAUCCUCUGUCCCCUUCUGCCGUAAAGUACGAGGCCAAGUUGAUGGAAGAACUGCCAUCCACCGACGAGUCCACGAUUCGGACUCCCGCUUUCCACGGGGCGUCUGCUAGCGGCAAUGUGACGGCGCAGUUUGUGUAUGCAAACUUUGGCCGUGGCUCAGACUAUGACGAACUGGAGCAAAACAACAUUCCGCUGGAAGGCAAGAUUGCCAUUGUCAAGUAUGGCAUGGGCUAUCGGGCAGAGAAAAUGACCUUUGCGGCAGAGCGAGGUCUCAUUGGCAUCUUGACAUACUCAGAUCCACAACUGGACGGCAACAUAACUGAAGCCAACGGGUAUAAAACAUACCCAGACGGGCCAGCUCGGCCCGCAACGUGCAUUGAGAGAGGUGCAAUGGGAUCAAUUCGUAACGCCAGUGCUGGUAAUCCCAGUGAACCGGGACGUUACAUUCCCUCACUUCCAGUCUCAUACGGAGAUAUCUUGCCAUUCCUCAAGGCGCUCAACGGCCAUGGACCAAAGGCAUCUGAGAUGAGCAGUGAGUGGCAUGGAGGCGGUCUGUACUACAAGGGAGUAGACUACCAUGUCGGCCCAUCGCCGUCGCACAUCGUCUUGAAUCUGGAUAAUCAGAUGAGCUUCCCAAACAAGGACGUGUACCAAGUAUUCGGCACCAUCAAAGGCGAAAUUGAGGAUGAGGUAAUCAUUCUAGGAAACCAUCGCGACUCGUGGGGACCCGGAGCCGGCGACUCCAUUAGCGGUGCUGCCGCCUUGAUGGAAGUCGCCCGAAGCUUCGGCACGGCGUACAAGAGGGGAUGGCGGCCGCGGCGAACCAUCAUGUUUGUCAGCUGGGAGGGUGCAGAGGUCGGACAGGUUGGGUCCCAGCCGUGGAUAGCCGAGCAUCUCCCCUGGCUUCAGAAGACGGCCGUGGCCUAUCUGAACGUCGUCGUUGCAGCAGGAGGCACCGACUUCCAGGUCAAAGCAACGCCACUCUUGCGGGACGUGAUUCACCGGGCCACAAAAGCGGUUGCUUCACCCGAGGGCUCAACAGUCUUUGACCACUGGAGCGGAGACUUGAUCGCGGCGGGAGGAGGAGACGCGAUCCCAUUCCUCGAGACAGCCUGUGUGUCGACUGUUGACUUUAGCUUCGGUGCGGUGUACUGGGCCUACCACUCAAACUUCGAUACCUUUGCAUGGAUGAACUCUAGUGGCGACCCGGGGUGGAAGUAUCACGUCGCAUCUGCAAAGAUCUGGUCUCUGAUAGCGGCGUACUUGUCCGAGACUCCCGUCCUGCAGAUGGGGGCUGCCGAGUACGCUGUCGCGAUGCACAAGUAUGUCAAAAGAAUCAAAGACUCUAUCCCAGGCGCAGCAUCUUUCGACCUCGGGCCCCUGGAGGAUGCCAUCGAAGAAUAUCACAAUGCAAGCAUAAUCUUGGAUGCUUACGCCUCCUCUCUCAAGUCAACUGAAAGUUCCGAGACGAUGCGACAAGUGAAUCAAAAGUACUUGAACCUGGAGCGCCAAUUUUGCUAUAAGAAUGCGCAUCUGAUUUAUGAAUUUUCUGCCUUCUACACGGAUCCGCCCGAGUUCCCUCGCCUUUACUGGAGCCUUGAUGCAGGGGACUUGGAGAAAGCCCAGGGCUGGAUGGACAUCAUUCAGGGCAAGAUCAAGGAUGCUGCCGAUCUCGUGAAGUUGUAA